AUGAUCGGAAAACGGAAGAGAGACACGUCCGUCGUGUCGCGAUCUACGACGAAAGAAGAGCAGGAGCAAGAUACAUCAGUUCCUACGACACCUACCGAGGUCUCCCAUGACCUGUUUCGCAAAUUCUUCGAAUCGCAGUUCGAGCCGUUAGACAUUGGACCCAAAGUAUCGCGGAAGGAAGAAUCAGAGGAGGAAGAGGAUGAUGAUGACGGCGAAGAAGAAUCGGAAGCCGGAUCUGACUGGGAUGGUCUUUCAGGAGAGGAUGAGGUGGAGGUGAUCGAACACCACGAUUCGUCUGUUAAGAAGAGCGAUCUGUUGGACAAGAAAGCCCGGAAGGCUUUUAUGAACGCGAAGCCACCAUCAUUCGACGUCGACACAACCAAAACAGAGACUAAACCUACCAAGGACUCUGGCGAAGACGAAGAGGACAAAGCUACAGACACAACGAACCUGAAGAAUGAUAUUGCCCUACAGCGACUGCUUAAGGAAUCCCACCUGCUAGACUCUGCGUCCGAGCUGGCGCCCACCGGCAAGAACCGACACAAGGCUCUUGAUAUGAGAAUGCAAUCGCUUGGAGCCAACGCAUCACUCUAUGACCAGAAGAUGCCGUCGACACACCGAAGGGGAAUUAAGACCAAGGCUGCGACCAAGGAGGACAAGCGGCGACGAGAAGCGAAGGAGAACGGAAUAAUUCUCGAGAAGCCUGCUCCUAAGAAACAAACCAGCAAUAAGCGGAGGGAGCGUGGUGUUGGAGGGCCAUCUGUUGGAAAAUUCACCGGAGGAACCCUGAACUUGAGCCAACGAGACAUCGAUUCUAUUACCCGGCGGUCCAAGGGAUCCAAGGGAUCCAAAGGCCGCCGUUGA